AUGCGCAAUAUCAUACGUAUCAACCGCAGGAAGAAAGCGUUCCGAGUAAUAGUUUGUAAUAUACAUCCGUCUACUCCGAUAGUAGAGGUCGGUAUCACCAUAGAAGAAAUUGGAUUUUCGGUACGCCAAGUUAGAAACGUUCUUCAAAAAACUACGAAAAAUAACCUUCUAAUAUGUUUUGUCGAUCUCGAGCCGGCGGCUAUAAACUCAGAUAUAUUCAAUGUAACUUCGCUACUCCACACUAAAGUGAAAAUCGAGGAGCCACAUAAACAUAGAGACAUUAUACAAUGUCUGAACUGUCAGGAUUACGGCCAUUCGAAGAGAUAUUGUUCUUACUCCCCAAGAUGUGUCCGUUGCGGAGAGGAUCACCCAUCCACCCACUACAGUAAAACCAGCGAUUCGCCGACCAAGUGUGCUCUUUGCAUUGGAGACCAUCCGACAAAUUACAAAGGCUGCCAAACAUAUAAAAAGCUAUAA